UCUCUCUCUCUCCACUUUUCAUCUUCCCAACAAAUCCACGCUUUUAUUUAUGUGUUUCGAAAUUUGAAGAGCCCUUGUUUACUAUUAGUAUUCGGAAUCCCUGGAGCAUUGAGACUUUAGCCACGUGAAGGCAACGACUCCAAGCACGUGGUUGCGGUUCCCGGUGAAUGAAUUACUAAUUUACAUGUGGCUCGACAAGCUUGACUUAUUGGUGCGAUUCUGGCUGUCCACUGGUUUCAUUAUAUAAAUCGAACCACAAGAGAAUGGGCAACAAGAACGCCUUUCCUGUUUCUUGAGAGGCAUUCUGGCUUUUUUAUCCGUCAGACUUGAAGGCGAAAAUCGAGGGCAGAGUCAAAGCAAGGCCGAAAUGCAUCGUCCCAUUUUUGGGCGUUCCUUCGCCGUGCUCGUGGCACCGGUCCUUCUCUCUGUGCUCGCGUUCAAUUUUCUCAAUAAGAAGAAAACUAGUGCACGUAGAAAUGCAGAAGAUGUUGGUAUUGGCACAUCCACUUCGAUGACUGCAUCGACUAGAAAUUGUUACGAGGUGUUCUUGAGUUUCAGAGGUACAGAUACUCGAAAAGGCUUCACCGAUCACCUCUACAAUGGGCUCAUUGAUGCUGGAAUUGAUGCUUUUAGAGACAAUGAAGAGCUCCGCCAAGGCGAGAACAUCAGACCAGAGCUUUUGGCAGCCAUCACGAACAGUAAAAUCUUGAUCCCCAUUCUCUCCGUGAAUUAUGGUACAAGCAGUUGGUGCCUGGAUGAACUUGUUCAAAUGAUGGAGUGCAAGGAUAAAAACGGGCAGAUCGUGUUGCCUAUAUUUUAUAACGUGAAACCAGCUGACGUGGGACAUCAAAUCGGGAGUUUUGGAGACGCAUUUCAAAAGCGUGAGAAGCGUUUGCGUAAGAGACGUUUGGACCCAACGAUUUUGGAGAAAUGGAAGAAAGCACUCCUUGAAGUCAGUACCUUGAAAGGAUACGAAGCCGAUGGGUAUGAAGCAGAGUUGGUGAAAUCGAUUGUUCGAAAAGUAUUGAGUGAAUUGAAGAAAAAGUUUGAGCUAAAUAUUUCUGAGAAUUUGGUCGGAAUUGAUGGUCACAUGAAGGAGGUUAUGGAAUUUAUGAAUAAUAAAUCUCAUGCCACCCUAUUUGUUGGCAUCCAUGGAAUGGGAGGCAUUGGUAAGACUACUCUUGCUAAAGCCAUCUACAACAAGCUCUCUAGUCAAUUUGAGCAUCGUAGCUUCAUUGCUGAUAUAAGGGAAUCAUGGAAGCGUAAUGGUGUACUUUAUUUACAAAAUUGGUUAAUCAAAGAUAUAUUGAAUAGAGAAAAUGCAGUUCAUGAUAAGGAUGGAGGGAUUAAUUUCAUCUCCUCCAGGUUUAAAGAUAAAAAGGUCCUUCUUCUUCUUGAUGAUGUGGAUGAUGUCGAUCAAGUGAGAUGUUUGGCUAGUAACCAUGAUUGGUUUUCUUUGGGAAGUACGAUCACUAUCACCACCAGAAACAAGGGGGUUCUUGAAGAAGCUAGGGUGGACCACAAUUAUGAACAUGAGGUAUUGGAUAACAAUCAAUCUUUGAUUAUGUUUAGCAGACAUGCAUUUUGA